AUGUCUUCCGCUCUCGAACAGCUCAAGGCCACUGGCACCGUUGUUGUCUGUGACUCUGGUGACUUUGCCACCAUUGGCAAGUACAAGCCUCAGGAUGCUACUACAAACCCCUCGUUGAUCCUGGCUGCUUCCAAGAAGCCCGAGUACGCCAGCCUGAUCGACGCUGCCAUUGAGAAGGGCAAGAAGGAGGGCAAGACUCUUGACGAGCAGGUCGACGCUACCCUCGACAACCUUCUCGUUGAGUUCGGCAAGAAGAUUCUCGAGAUCAUUCCCGGCAAGGUCUCCACCGAGGUCGAUGCUCGUUUCUCCUUCGACACCCAGGCUUCCGUCGACAAGGCCCUUCACAUCAUCAAGCUCUACGAGCAACAAGGCAUCUCCAAGGAUCGUAUUCUUAUCAAGAUCGCCUCCACCUGGGAGGGUAUCAAGGCCGCCCACAUCCUGCAGUCUCAGCACGGAAUCAACUGCAACCUGACCCUCAUGUUCUCCCUUGUCCAGGCCAUUGCUGCUGCUGAGGCCGGUGCUUUCCUCAUCUCCCCCUUCGUCGGCCGUAUCCUGGACUGGUACAAGGCUGCGCACAAGCGCGACUACACCGCCGAGGAGGAUCCCGGUGUUAAGUCCGUUCAGAGCAUUUUCAACUACUACAAGAAGUUUGGCUACAAGACCAUCGUCAUGGGUGCUUCCUUCCGUAACACCGGUGAGAUCACAGAGUUGGCUGGCUGUGACUACCUGACCAUCUCGCCUAACCUCCUCGAGGAGCUGUACAACUCGACCGCCUCCGUCCCCAAGAAGCUCGACGCCACCAGCGCCGCCAGCCUGGACAUCCCCAAGCGCAGCUACCUCAACAACGAGGCUACCUUCCGCUUCGACUUCAACGAGGAGGCCAUGGCCGUCGAGAAACUGCGCGAGGGUAUCUCCAAGUUCGCUGCUGAUGCCGUCACCCUCAAGGAGCUCCUCAAGCAGAAGAUCCAGGCUUAG